AGAUAAGAAAUGUAGGACACUUUCUGCUCAAAACAUACACUCCUUUACUACUGUGGUGUUUGCUUGGUAAUAAUUAAAGUGAUAUACAACUACCAGUAUAGAUAUUGUGUUCAGCACAGGAAACUGGCAUUGGAUUAUUUGUUACAGGUAUACCCUGCUGCUGCUGCUGUUGUUGCUGUCUGGCGCUGUUCGGGUGGUGGAAGGUUGCCCAGGGAACUGUUUCUGUAUACCAGACACCAGAAGUGUUAACUGCACUAGGUUGCCAAAUGUAGAAUCCAUGGCAAUGUCGAUUCCAAGUUACACUCUAACCCUUGAUAUACACAAUGGGGAAUUCAGUGAAUUCAGAACAACUGAUUUUUCUCAAAUCAGUGCAAAAACAUUAAAAAAGUUAAAGGUGACCUCUAGCAAACUGAAGAAAAUCGGCGACAGAUCCUUAUCAGUGUUUGCAGAUUUAGAGAUUCUAGAACUGAGUCACAAUGAAAUUGAAGACUUGCAUCCAAAUGCAUUUGCUAAUCUACGCAUGUUACGUGUGUUGGAUUUAUCACACAACCAAAUUAUGUACCUUGCUAGUCCAGACAUUCUCAGACCACUUGUCAGUGUUGUAGAGGUCAAUUUAGGCUUUAACAAAAUUGUUGACUUUCCGAGCGGAUUUUUUGCUUCGCAGACCAAUCUCUUAGAGUUAAACAUUCAAAACAAUGGUAUUGCUAACUUAAAAGGAUCCUCAUUUCAAGGUGUUCGUAAUUUACGCAAACUUCUUUCUAAUUCGUGUAAUAUUCAAACAAUGGAAAAUGACUUAUUCAAAUCAAUAAGCAAUGUUGAGACAGUGGACUUGUCCUUCAACUUUUUGCACUACUUGCCCAUGAAAGGGGAAUUCUCCCAGCUUAUAAACCUCAAACAUCUGUUCCUACAAAACAACAACAUAGAAACCCUUGCAGAUAACCAAUUUCAGGGCUUGUAUCUAGAGUCAUUGGAUCUGUCUCACAAUGCCAUCAGUACAAUAUCCAACAAUACAUUCAAGCACAUGAAACAUCUUUCUCAUCUGGACCUAUCCUUCAACAGACUUAACUCACUGCCCUCCUUGACGUUCCAACCCAUCUCUGACAGCCUGUCGAGCCUGAAACUGAACAGCAACCCUGGUCUGGGGUCACUGAGUGCCACACUGUUCGAGGGCCUCACGUCCCUCCGGGACCUCAACAUCUCCUCCUGUGGCCUGCACACACUGCACCACAACCUCUUCAUGUUCCUAGUCAGCCUCCAGCACAUCGACCUCUCAGCCAACGAGCUCACUACCUUGCCUGCAGCAUUCUACGACCUCACCAUUGCCAAUGAAAUGAAGUUUGUUAGACUCGACGGUAACCAGUGGUACUGUGAUUGCAGAAUAAGGGACUUUCGUGAGUGGUUACGGAAUCCUAAAACACCUCAUUUGUUAUUCUGUCAGGAUGUAAACCAGAUAUUGUUUAGGAUAAGCUGUCAGAUGCCUAAAUGCUCAACUCCAUCACGCUUAGAAAACUACAAUAUUGCCAUGUUGACUGACGAUGUGCUGGACAAGUGCAAUCACUUUAUGGCCAAUUCUGGGUCAGGCAGCCUAAAUGUAGUGAUUGGUGCAAUUAUUGGUGUCAUAGUGGUAGUUAUUGUAAUAAUUGUAGUGGUUAUAGUGUGUCUGUGGUAUAGACGAAAGCAAAAGAAACACUUCCAUGGAGUUAACAAUGAUGAUGAAAUGCAGCUAAACCAAUCUAACAAUAUAGUGAAACAGCAGAAACAAACUAACCAUGAAAAGAAAAUUACAAAAACAAAACACUUUGUUGAAAAGAAAGAAAAGCGCAAACAAAUUGAUCCAGAAAUUGGGUCACUCAAUGAGUCUGACAAGGAUUUCAUAGUUCGUAACUAUUUUCACUCUAUGAGUCCUGGAGAAGAUGCGGACUCGGACUGUACCCAGUCUAUGACACGCAUGGACUCUGUGAAGAGCCUCUCCCAGUCUGGUUAUGACUAUAACUCACGCAGGGCUUCACUUAGCUCAAGUCAGUACAGUGCUAAUAUGGGAUGCAAGUUUGAAUCAGCCGUUUGAUAUUGCAAACUUAACAAUAUUAGCACAUGUGCACAAGUCUCAAACUAAUUUGGAAUGUAAGCAUGGCCAUGAAAAUGAAACAGAACAUAUAAAUGCAGUACUGGUAUAUAUAAUGUAAAUUUGUUUCAAUUAGUAUUAUACAACUGCUACAUGGCUUGGCUUUAAACAAGCAUUCCCAUAAAAUGCAGUAUAUAAUAUAAAUUGUAUAUGAUAUCAAUUGAUUUGAAAAUAGUAUUAUACAACUGCUAAAUUGCUUUGGUUUGAACAAGUGUGUAGUAAGUUAAAGAGUAAUUCAUUUACAUGGUAUACUGAAUUGAAAGUAUGUGCCUUUAUAGCAUCACUAUUUAACAAAAAGUCCAAGCUAUACAUGUCACCCAACGUGGGCAUUAGUCUUGUCAUAAGUGUUGGCAUCUGGGUAAAACUAGUGCUCUGGCUAAGGUAAACAUGCAACAUCUUUAUUUCAGUGCUUCUA